AUGAACAAGUAUCUAGUGCCCCCGCCCCAGGCCAAUAGAACGGUAACAAACCUCGAUCUGCUCAUCAACAACCUCCGUGGCUCCUCUACGCCCGGAGCCGCAGAGGUCGAUACCAGGGAUAUCCUCCAACGAAUCGUCUUUAUUCUCCCUACCAUCAAGAACCCUCUCAACCUCGAUCUGGUGAUCAAGGAGAUUAUCAACUCGCCACGCCUGCUGCCGCCUCUCAUUGAUCUCCAUGACUACCAACAGCUCACAGACGCCUUCAGAGCAACCAUCAAAAGAAAGGCCCUCGUCACAGACCCCACCAUCAGCUUCGAGGCUUGGCUGGAGACCUGCUUCCAGGUCAUUACUCGAUUCGCAGGACCGGGUUGGAAGAAGCUACCUCUUCUGGCAGGAUUGAUUCUCGCAGAUUACGACAUUUCAGCUGAUGGACCGACACUGGAACGAAAACCAGGUUUCCCGUCGAAACUCAAGCAUCUGCUCAAGAGGGAAUUUGUCACCACUUUUGACCAGUGUCUUUCUAUCGACACCCGAAACCGAAGCGACGCCACAAAAUGGGUACCUGUGCUUGCCUGCAUUUCUAUCGCACAGGUCUACUCGCUGCUAGGUGACGUUGCUAUCAACUACAGACGGUUCUUGCAGGUGGGUCUGGAUCUCAUCUUCUCAAACUACGGUUUGGAAAUGGGCACGGCUCUGGCAAGACUCCAUGCUGAGUCCGGAGGCGACGCUACAACCGCCGGUGGACUCAUCGGAAAGAAACUCAAAGAACCCGUUGUGGCUCUACUCAACACUUUUGCACACAUCGCAUCCUCCUGCAUCGUUCACGUGGAUAUCGACUACAUUGACCGUAUCCAGAACAAAAUUAUCCUAGUGUGUGAGAACCAGGCCGAGACCUGGAGAAUCCUCACCAUCGAAAGUCCAACUGUCAUGCACCACCAGGAGUCUGUUCAGUACCUCAAAUGGGAGCUGUUCACCCUCUGUAUCAUUAUGCAGGGAAUUGCAAACAUGCUGCUCACACAAAAGAUGAACCAGUUCAUGUACCUGCAGCUGGCAUACAAACAGCUUCAGGCACUCCACAGCAUCUAUUUCAUUGUCGACCAAAUGGGAUCCCAGUUUGCUGCAUAUGACUACGUCUUCUUCUCAGCGAUCGAUGUCCUGUUGUCGGAGUACGCUCCUUACAUCAAGAACAGAGGCACCAUCCCACCCAACAAGGAGUUUGUGGCCGAAAGACUGGCCGCGAAUCUCGCUGGAACUUCAAACGUGGGGAGUCAUCUUCCUAUUGAUCGCUCUCGAGUUCUGUUCGCUCUCAACUACUACGAACAGCUUGUCACCGUAUGUCACGAUAGCUGCGUAGAGACCAUCAUUUAUCCCAUGGCACGAUCCUUCCUCUAUCCCACAAGCGACAUUCAGCAACUUAAACCGCUGGUGGAAGCUGCUCACUCCGUGAUUCUGGCUGGCCUGGCAGUGCCUACCAACGCUGUUGUGAACGCUAAGCUCAUCCCAGAGUACAUGGGGGGAGUUCUUCCUUUGUUUCCGGGAGUGUUUUCAUGGAACCAGUUCGUGUUGGCCAUUCAGUCCAUCGUUAACACUGUCUCUCCUCCUUCUGAAGUGUUUAAAACCAACCAGAAGCUCUUCCGUCUUGUGUUGGAUUCUUUGAUGAAAAAGUGCAGAGACACGCCCGUGGGCAUUCCUGUGCCACACUCAGUCACAGUAUCUCAGGAACAGGAAGACAUUCCUCCUACACAGCGAGCUGUGGUAAUGCUGGCUCUCAUCAACUCGCUGCCCUACGUUGAUAUCCGGUCUUUUGAGUUGUGGCUGCAGGAGACGUGGAAUAUGAUCGAGGCCACUCCCAUGCUUGCCGAAAACGCCCCCAACAAGGAGCUUGCGCAUGCCGAGCACGAGUUUCUGGUUCUGGAAAUGUGGAAGAUGAUUUCCGGCAACAUUGACCAGCGUCUCAAUGAUGUGGCCAUUCGAUGGUGGUACAAAAAGAAUGCUCGAGUGCAUGGAACGUUAUAA